AUGGACAAUACGUCAGAAGAUAUCGAAUUUUUAGAAGAAGAGAAACUUGAUGUAAAUAUAAGCUUUGUGCAGAGAGGGCGGCAAGAUUUAUUAAAUGAAUCGGAAAUGGGAAUCCCAAUUUCCCAUGACGCUUAUGUAUCUACUACCCCUGCGCAGGAUUUUAAAAGCAUUUCUAUCGGCGAGCCUCAGAAAUGCAGGGAUGGGAGGGAAUCAUUUUAUGCAUACCCGAUCUAUGUAGAAAAUCAAGCAGUAUCACAAAGGAGAUAUAAUGAAUUUGUAUGGCUUAGGAAUCAGCUAUUAUCAAAAUAUCCGGGAUGUAUAAUUCAAGCAUUGCCUGAUAAAGAAGGGAUAACUGGGUAUUGAACUAAUCAAGAUCCAAUGUUUUAUGAAUUUCGUCGAUACGGAUUAGAAAAAUUUAUACAGAGAGUAGGAAACCAUCAGAUAUUGGGGAGAUGCAUUGAUUUUUUAAGUUUUAUAAAGGAUGAUGAAUUGAAUUUUACUAUAAGAUUAAGAGAAAGUCAGAUUUCAAAAGGAUGAAUGAGCAAAAUCACUGACUUUAGCAGCUCUUUUUCAUCAAUAAUUUCUACUUAUGUCCAAAGAGAUCACAUUAUUUUGCAAAAUGACGCAGAUAUUGCUUUUAACUAUUUUCGAACUGAACUAAAGAAUCUUUUGCAGCAGCAAGAAAAUUUACGAGCAAAUACAAAUAAAAUUAUAAUAAGCCUAGAAAAUGAGAUCAAUUCCAGCCUUGUUAUGAGCAAAGCUUAUGAAUCUAUGAGCAGAAUUGAAAAAGAAAAUGUUUCGGUGAAAUUAAAGAUUUUAGCUUCUACACAUCAGCAAAUAGCAGAAUCACAAAGAACAUCAUAUAAUAAAAUAAAAUCUUUAUCAGGCAAAGAAAUAGAAGAUUACUAUAAACUAACACUUGGCGCAUUUGAAGCUCUAGAGCGAAGGAACCGAAUCCGUAGUGAAAAUUCUAACGCAGAUGUCGACAUUGAUGAACUAAAUGAAACUUUAAAACAAGAUAUGGAAAAAUUUUAUAAAGACAAAAACUCGCUUGCAAAAAUCAUUGGGGUGAAUAUGAUCAGCUAUAAAAAAGAAAUGACAGAAGUUCUUGCAGAGAUAUGGAAAGAAAGUCAUACCAGAAUCUCAGAUUAA